UCCCCUGCAGACAUUUGGCCCUGCGGGGGCCCUUUAAGACGCUUCGCGCGUCAUCUCCGCCCCGCCCCCCGGAGCCGCGCCUGCGCGGGGCAUCGGUGUGCCUAGCAACCGCAGCAGAGCGGCGGCGGCGGAGGAUGGCUAAAGCGACCACCAUUAAAGAGGCUCUGGCCAAAUGGGAAGAAAAGUCAGGUGAGAAGGCAGCUGAAGCAUUGGAGGUGAAGUUAUAUGGCCAGAUUCCUCCUAUUGAAAAGAUGGAUGCUUCCCUUUCUACACUGAUUAAUUGCGAAAAGUUGUCCCUUUCAACUAACUGCAUUGAAAAAAUAGCGAAUUUGAAUGGACUAAAGAAGUUGAAAAUUCUAUCUCUAGGAAGAAAUAACAUAAAGAAUUUGAAUGGUCUGGAAGCAGUCGGGGAGACAUUGGAAGAAUUGUGGAUAUCGUAUAAUUUAAUAGAGAAGCUUAAAGGAAUUCAUGCCAUGAAGCAGCUACAAGUACUAUACAUGUCAAACAACCUAGUGAAGGAUUGGGCUGAGUUUAGCAAGCUGGCCGAUCUUCCUAACCUGGUCGACCUCGUAUUUGUGGGGAACCCAAUAGAAGAGAAGUACUCAUCUGAAGGCAUCUGGGUGGAUGAAGCAACAAAGAGGCUCACACGGCUGAAGAAGCUGGAUGGGGUCCCUGUCAUUAAACAGGUGGAAGAAGAGGCCGAGGACUAACUCCCAUGUCACCGAGGCUGAUGUCUGAAAGACCUUCCUAUUGCACUUUCUGUACCCUCCUUGCAACCGAACAUUGUCUGAAGAUGCUCAUAACCCGCAAUCUUUGGAACUUUUCCGGCACAUUCUUGUCAUGUUGCCUUUGUGAUUUUUGUUGUGCUUGUUGAAACAGUGAGCUCGUCUGAAACCUACUGACCAACACCAAAAAUCUUCAACCACCAACAGGAAAAUAAUUGCUUGAACUACAGAUUUUAAAGUUUUUUUUUAAAUGUUUUUUAAAUUUUUGUGUGGCAAGUGCAUUAUCUUACAGAUACUGUUUGACAACAUGGUAAACAGUUGCUCAUUUCUGGUAAAGCACAUGAAAUUACUUUCUUUAAAACUCUAACAUUUGUAAUUAUAAAUGAAUAUUGAUAUAUUGCUACAAGGUAGACGUGUAGUUAUUGAAUAUGAAGUCAUUCUUGGAUUAGACCCUACCCUUCUAAUGAGAUAAAACACCAGCUUUUCUCCAUGCUCAUUCCAUCAAACAGACAUACUUUUUAAGUGAUAUUCUUGUUUUUGUAAAGUGCUUUUAUCUGUUUUAUACAAAAUUAUUUAUCAGAAGAUGAUGUACAUGUACGCACAAUCUUGUGGAAAAAUGAUUUAUUCUGGUAACUAUUAAAGAUAAUUAACUUUCUCAUGUCUUUCCUUACGAAUGAUUUUUCUCCUCC